CUCAAUGUAGCUACAUUGAAAAAAAAAAAAAAAAGAAGAAGUUACAACACUUUUAUCAAAUGUAACAGGCUCUUCACUUUUAGUUCCUUCACCUUUGCAAAGGGUAAGACCAUAUCCAUUUUUAGGAAACUAAUAACUGCUUGCCGAACAACUAUAACAUCUGUUUAUUUUCUUAUUUACAUAGGUAAAAGAAAAAGUAAGAAAUCUAUGAUGGAAGCAACUACAUUUUCAGAUUAUACAUCUGAUUACGAUUAUUUCAUAGUCCCACCAUGCAACAAAGAGGAUGUUAAAAUGUUUGUAACUCUUUUAACAAACAUUUUAAAUCCCAUUUUUUUUAUUUUUGGGAUCAUUGGAAAUUGCCUUGUCCUCUGGAUUAUAAUCACAUAUGAAAGUCUGGAGUCACUUACAAACAUUUUUAUAUUUAAUCUGUCUAUCGCGGACCUGAUUUUAACAUUCUGUUUGCCAAUUUUUACUGUCUACCAUAGUCAAGGAUGGGUAUUUGGGGCUAUGGCUUGCAAAGUAUUCAACAUCCUUUUCUCCAUAGGAUUUUACAGUGGACUUAUCUUCUUGACAUUUCUUACGUAUCAUCGUUAUCUUGCAGUUGUGGAUCCACUGUCUGCUUUAAAAGCCAAAAAACCUUUGUUUGGAAUUCUGAUCACUGUGUUUGCCUGGUUAAUGAGCAUAGCUGCUUCAGUCCCUGUGAUGAUCUUUCAAGUACAUCGAAAAAAUGGUGAUCUUAACAAAUGUGAAUAUGAUCAAGUAUUCCCUGUGUUGAUAAGCCACUAUCAACAAAAUAUCUUCUUUCUACUUGCCUUCUUUUCUGUCAUAUUCUGUUAUUAUAAAAUUAUAAGGACAUUACAACAAUCUCGAUCACAACGGAACCACAAACCAGUUAGACUCAUUCUUAUUAUUGUUGUGGUAUACUUUUUCAGCUGGACACCUUACAAUGUUACCAUCUUGUUGCAAUCAUUUCACCAUCAAGAUUUUAUUAUGGAAUGUGAAUUGGUUAAACGUAUUGACUAUGCAAAAUAUGUUAGUGAAAAAAUAGCACUUUCACAUUGUUUCCUGAACCCUAUCUUUUAUGCUUUUGUUGGGAUUAAAUUCAGAAGACAUUUAAAGCAUCUGAUAAAAUGUUAUUGCCCUUGCAAGAAGCAAGAAGAGGUGCAUGUAACCAGAAUUAGUUCCCAUGACCAUUUUCAUAAUGGAAUAGACUCUGUUUACUAACCAAAAGUGUACAAUGUAUUAUCCAGGACCAUAAAAAUAUGGGAAGGUAUUACUGUAAGUAAUCAAAGUCAUUUUCUAGGGACGCUGUUAAGUGUAUAACUCUUAAGUAAAUAUUCUGUACUGUCAAAGAUCCACAAUUUCUUUUCUCAGCAAUAAGAUAAUCAUUAAAAUGUAUUUUGAGAUAAAAAGGACUAUAACAGAUUAUUAGUAUGUAUCCUUUU